AAAACACAAUUGAAAUCGUUCCCUCAAUGUACCCGAAUUUUAUGUUGGUAACAUAAUAUGUUAUCUGGUAAAAUAACUUUAAUACGUUCGACACUGACGUUGUUUAUAUAAACAUCAAUCGACAUUAUAAAAUUGAUCUGAUCAAUGUCCCAACGCUCUAAAGUUGUUAAUUUGUACAAGACGCUCUUGUACAUGGGUCGAGACUAUCCAGGAGGUUAUGACUUUUUCAGACGUAAUUUGAAGAAAGCUUUUGAAAAGAAUAAAGAAGAACGUGAUCCUGAGAAGAUUGAUCAAAUGUUGGCUCGUGGAUCUAUAAUCAUGGCAGUUUGCGUUGCUGUAAUCGGUAAAGAUAAUUCUCCAAAAUAUAUUAAAUGUGCAGAUGAAUCCAUGGCAUUACAAUUUCAUUGCAAGGUCCACACAUCAAUAGAUAUUAUAGAAGAGAAGUUGAAUGUUGGAAAUAAAACAGCAAUUGAUAUACGUGAUUUGUAUUUAGGGUUGUUAUAUGCUACAGAAGAAUAUAAAAUAUAUGGGUAUGCCACCAAUACAAAAAUCAAGUUUAUUAUAGUACUGCAAUCAUCAAAUCUAUCAAUGAGAGACAAUGAUGUGAAAAUGACCUUUAAGAGAUUGCACGCUGCAUAUUCUAAUGCUGUGUGUAAUCCAUUCUACAUUCCAGGUGAUCAAUUAAAUUCCAAGUCUUUUGACUUAUCUAUAAUGGAUAUAAUGGGUAUUGUAUAGUUUUCUUACCAAUGAUGGUGUAAUGGAGAAAAUUCUGUAAAAAUACUCUCAAAUAUAUCACUUGUUUUAAAGGUGAUAUUAUUAGACAAUUUAAAUUUCUUGAUUGAAUACAUUCGGAAAUUUCUAUUGAUUUGUAUGUCCUUAUUUCUAUAUCCUUUUUAAGAAAAAAUUCCUUUUACGAAAUUGUCGUAUUUAUCUCUCGAGUUAGUACCAGAUGAAAAAAUUUCAUUACUGAUCUUUCAUUGUUUUCUUUUAGAUACUAAAAUUUGAGCCCCUUUCUGUGAUUCACAUAAUCUGCCUUCAUAAACUUCGUUACUUUUCUUUUCAUUCUUCUCUUUUCAGUAUAAUGAUCUAUGGUUCCAAUUCAAAGUGAUACUGAUAAUUCGAUCGAUACUAUCAUUCUUUUGAUUAACAACGCACCAUUAUUUCCAAUACGAAGAAGGAACUUAAUAAAGAAAAUUGAGUUCUUAUCAAUGUUGUUACUCCACUUGAAACUGCUUCAUUUAUCAGUCAAAAGUUAUCGAUAUCGGUUUUAACAGUAACUCUAUUGAAUUGCGUAACAUACGCAUAUUGUAAAAAAAUGUCGAUCUUUUAUUAACCCUUUGCGGUACUUAAAAAUAAAAAAAUAAAUAAAUCCUAUAUUGACAUUUUUUGUUUUCUUCGGCUCCUCUUCGCUUUCCUGUAACAAACACAAAUAUUUUAAAAAACAGUUCAAACACAUGUUACCCAGUUUUAUGAGAGUUACUUCGGCCAAUUUGGUUGUUUUUUUUCUGUAAUGAUAUCCUUUAUUGUCUCUAUUUUACAAAAACAAAGAAGCAACACUGAUAUAUUGCUUGACCGACGUAACUGAUAACUCGUAGGAAACACGGUAAUUCCAACUACGCUAUUCGCGUUUAUAAAAUCAAUACUCAACCCGCAGAAUCGUAUUUCUACUAACUAUAAAAAUAGUUCUGUCGAGACGAUGCAUCAUCUGUGGUUGCGUUGUAUUUCGGCAUUCCUCGUCUCCGGGAUGAUAAUCGGUGAAAUAAAAUACACGUGGAUGAUUUGUGAUUCCAAGGGAAGGGGUGGUGAGAGCAGGGUGUUUUCCGUUAUUCAAGUAUUUUCAGACGAAAUGCACGAAUUUGAAAAUACACUAUGAACGUUUGCUGUACAAAUAAUAGAAACAUUGUUCUAAUGCUAAUAUUUGACAAUCAACAAAAUUACCGUGAAUUAAUCGUUACGCAGGUAGCUAAAAAAAAAUUGUUUAUCGCAGGAGAAACACUCGUCAGUGUAUACUUCUAAUACCCUCAUUGGUCGUACUCAGUGCAAUAAAUACAAGUUCUCGAACUUCUUUUUUUUUUUGUUUUACUUUUUUAACAAUAUAAUAAUACCGCCAACGAACCGAGGAAGUUGCAUUCAGUGCAUAGUGGGCGCAACCAAUGUAAAGAAACGCAGAUAGUGUUACAUCGUGAAUGAAACAAGAAACAAGACGUACCGCAACAUGAACUCGACAAGCGCACAGUUCCGGUGAGAUCGAAUGGUGCACAUAAUUUGCACGGAUGAAAAAAAAACCAGUAAUAACAAUACAAGUAGUAGUAAUAAUAAUAAUAAUAAUAAUAAUAAUAAUAAUAAUAAUAGCGAUAAUAAUAAUGAUAAUAAGUGAUAUUAAUAAAAAAAGAAACGAGACGAUUAAUGCCGAUGGUCGAUCACAAAACGCCUUUUAAUACGGCUUUGCAAUUAAAAAGACGUGAAGAACGAAAUGCCAAUAUAUGUGUGUACGGCUGGUGUACAGCGUAUAUCUUAGAAACUAAACAGAAUAAACGAACAAAAAAAAAAAAAAAAAAAAAAGAGAAAAAUGUUUAACACCAACUGAAAGACAAAUAAAAUAAUAAUAAUAACCAGCAAUAACAAAUGGCAACGUGCAUACUUAUCAGCUUAAACGUAAUUUUCCUGUCGCAUAUCUUUUAUGCGCGUUCGCAUCACCAUCUGCACCUUUCUCCCCCUUUCUAUGCUGUAUUCUGUCCUAAUAACGCUGCUUGCUUAAGAUUUUCUAUUUUCCCCGCAUACAUACAUACACACAUACAUAUAAUACACACAUAAAAAUUGGCAAAGUUCGUUAACGGUUAAGAACAAAAUAUUUUCUGCAAGUAUGAGACAAAUUCAGGUAUAAAUUCGUUUUCCGUAUUGUUGAGGAAGAUACGAGUACCUUCUUUAAAAAUGAUACAAAGGAAUGUUGCACGCUUUAUCGAUGCUUUUUCUGUCUUUCUUUUAAUCUUUGGAAUCAAUUGAUUAAUCAAAGGAUAGUUAAAUGUGAAAGUGCUACUUCCAAGAAAUGGAUCCUUUGAAAACGUUGUUCUAAGAAUCGCGAUCCUUACUUUGGAAAAUACUGGCUCAAAUCAAAAAAUAAAGUUAAAUAACGAGCAUUUGCACAAUAACGAUUGGCCAAUUUUCUAACAUUAUUUUUCUUUUCAAAUACUUGUUCGUGCACACCAACAAUAAAUUCGUCACCUCUGACCCUCCUCUGAUAAGAGAUUUCACGACUAUACAGGACACCGAACGUACAAAAAGGAAGAAAGAAAGCUCUGCAAGAAACAAAACGACUCGCAAUAGCAACAGAAAACAUUAUAACAAGUAUACAUAUAUAAAAUUAGAUACAACAUGCAAGAAAAUGGAAAAUCGGUCGGUUUCAUUUUUCUCAUGAUUCUCGUUAUUAUUACGUGUAUUUCGUGUAUUCUCGACGCACCUGCUGUUGAAAUUCUACAUAUUUUUUUUUUUUUUUUUUUUAAUUCACAUAUUUAGCCUCUGCGGCAGCGAGCAAACGCACCGCGUUACUAGCGUUUUAAUCGUUUAAAAAUUAAACGUAGGAGACGGUAAUUCGCAUUUUAUCUCGGUGCUUCUCGCGUUACAACGAUGGAGUUCGACACUCGCAGAAAAGUUUCUCGUUCGAACUUCUACUAUUUGUUGUGUAUGUGUGUUGUGUGUCUCACUCUCACUCUACACUCACGCAAUUCCAAAGAAAGAAAGAAAAGGGAAAAAAAAAAAGAAACACGAAGAAAUAGAGCGACUUAUAUCACAGUAUCGUACGCAAAGCUUGUAUGAAAUCGCAGAUAGAACAGCAUGAAGGCCAAAUGGCGACACAAUACGCUCGUUUUCGAGGCAUUUUACAAUUAUUUCAAGGGGAGGGCAUUACACUUUUUCGCUUGUUGAAGAACCAUCAAAAAUCG